AUGGCUACAGUUCAAGACGAGGGCGAGUAUAAUUUACAGGAGGCAUGGGACAAGGCGUGCGCGUCCUUUGCGCAGACAACUAGGGUCGAUCUUACUACAGCGCCAAAAUUCUCUGUCGACGAAAUCCUUGAUCAAAUUCGUGGGAAGCAAGAUGACGACGAUGAGAAAAAUUCCAAGUACAGGGCUGCAAAAGAUGCGAUUGGCAAGACAUUGAAGUUUGUCAUGGUUCUGGGUGGGAUUGCUGCACAGGGUGCAAGCAUGGUAUUUGCGCCCGCUGGCCUCUGCUUCAAUGCAAUUUCAUAUCUGAUUGACACUGGAGCGAAAUUCAAACGCAUUUUCAGCAGCCUGGCAGAGCUGUUCCGUCGCAUCUCCGACGUGCUAGAGCGCUGCAAGAUCUAUAUGCGUUUGCCCGCGGAAGCGGUCGAUGUCGCUCUUCGAAAGAUUAUCAAUGAGCAGCUAGUAUGCUUUGUCGACAUUUGUGCGUUGUCUAUUAGCGUUCUCAAGGGGCAUAAGGUUUUCAUCGCGCUUAAGGUAUUUACCUUCGAUAGUGACGAGGGGGUGAGUGGUCGGCUGGCUCACCUGGCGACCCUAGUUGAGCGCGAGUCUCAGAUGCGGGCGACCCUGGGGUUCGAGUCGCAGAAGAUGAGCGAGAGAAACAUCAUUGAGAACAGGGAUGGCACCAGGAAGAUGAAUGUAAACGUCGAUAAGCUGCUUCAUUUUGAGAAGAAGAGAGAUGCAGACAAUGCCUCAAAGAAGCUCCUGGAAAGCAUCGAUUCCAGUCUCGAUAAUCCUAGCGAGGCUUUCAAAGUCGUUCAAACCACCUUCCGACGCCUCUUGGGUGAUCAGGUUCAGGGAAGCGGAAAGUGGAUUUGGAGUGACCCACUGUAUAAGGCGUGGGCGCUCGCCGAAAAUUCGUCGGUUUCAGUCUUGGGCAUCUCCGGAGACGAGGGACAUGGCAAAUCUUUCCUGUUUGCGAGCAUCGUUAAAUACUUACAAGAGGCACGAAUUCAGUCUGAAAAUGAUAUGAGGUGCAUUUCCACUGCCUACCAUAUCUUUGACAAGGAUAAAAAACAAAUAUCUCUAGCCCAGGCGCUCAAAGUCCUCGCAUGGCAGGUCGCGGACCGUGAUAUUGUUUACCGCAAGGAUGUGAGCUCUGUGAAAACAACUGGUAUCAGCCGGAUAGGAGAUCUUUGGGAGGUUCUAUUUUCCAAGUCGUAUAAGAGUGACUCGACCUUCUUCCUCCUCCUGGAUGGGAUCGACCAGAUGGAAAAGAGCGAACUGAAGGAGUUUAUCCAGGUUUUGGAGGCCUUACUAGCUAUGUCUGGAACCUGGUCGAACUUCAAACUCCGCAUUCUCAUCACUGGGCGGAAUGAUACAAUGAGCAAGGUCAAAGGUCGGCUUGGGGGAGGAAUAUCGACAAUCGAUGUCUCAUCCGAACACAACGAUGAUGUAGAGAAGUUUAUUAUUGACCGCAUGAACAAGAUGGAUAUCCUGAGCGGCUCGUCGGAUCAGGUAGUGUCUCUUCGACGUGAGAUCUUACAGAAUUUGAAGACCCAGACUCAUGGCGACUUCGUCAAUAUCGGUCUCCUGCUGCAUGAAAUCAGCGGGAAGCAGCGACCUGGCGAGAUUAGGAAUAUUUUAUCCCGCUCGGGAGGCAAGAGAUCAGACACUAUCGCGAGAAAGAUUGAACUCCUAAACGACACACUAAGCGAAGAAGACAUCUCUGACCUAAAUCUCCUCCUCACGUGGGUUGUCUUCUCCUCUUCGCCCCGAACUCUGAGGUCCCUGGAGGAAGUCCUCUUCUUAAAGACCGGGGAAUCCUCUCUUCGGCCUCUGGCGGAAAAGAUAGCCGAUCAAUAUUCCUCUCUCCUGCGGGUUAUGGGAGAACCGCAUCCCACGACUAAGAUCGUCCCAAAUACCUCAUAUGUGGUGCUAGUCUCCAACUCAAUACAGGGUUUUCUACAGAACAAGCAUGAGUCCGAUAACGCUCAAGACGUCCCAGACCUAGACCAUAAUGGCGAUAUCAACGAAGCCGAAGUCAGGAUUGUCCGUCGGUUCUUGGAAUCGGUCUGCGAUCCCAUUCUGUUCUCCAAAUUCAAGUUCGAAGAGUUCUUCCAGCGGAAACUCAAAGGAAAAAUGGCCCUGGUCGGAGUUGACAUUGACACCGCUCAUUUAAGUAUCCUGUCAACGUGCUUGCAAGUUAUUCACCACCAGGGAUCUGGGCAAUUAAAUGCUCUGCUCGUUUACGGGUCCUAUUAUUUCCCCGACCAUCUUCAGCAAGUGGACCCUUCAAUGACGCAACCACAACACAAGGUAGCUCUGGGUCCACAAUUGGUCAGUCUCUUUACAGAUGAAGAGACGAUUGAAAAAUGGUGGGAUCCAACCGAUGACUGGUCACGGCGUGAUUGGAUCUACGGAGACAGAUAUGCUGAAGUUGUGUUGAAGUGGCUCCAGGACUCUGCAGUCACUAAAAAGAUCCGUGAUGACCAAAGAAAAUGGGUAAAAAGUUUGAGUUCGAAGUCCGAGCCUGAUGCAGAUAUUUUGGAGCAUAUGGUUAAAGUUACCGCCCGUGUCUGGUUGCAAUCGGGUGUUGAUACACAGGACCUUGCCAACUGCUUCGCUGCAAUUCAUGGAUAUGUCACAAAGAUUGAGAACCGCAAAAACCCCCAGAUUAAGAGAUCAACCUGUGAUCCCACACCUGAAACUAUCGACGCUUCCCAAAUUUCUGAUGCCGCUGAAUGGGCUCGACAGAAGCUUGGUCUGGAUAGUCUAGGAUAUGAGGAGACUCGUAAUCUAGCGCGCACAUUCAGAGAAUAUGAUAAAUACGAUGAGUCCAUUGAGCAUUUCAAACUCUCGUGCUCGCUUCAGGAGUACAACUGGGCAUCGCAGUGGGGUCUUGGGCUCAUGCAUUCCUACCAGAACGAGUACACACUUGCAAUUGAGAUGACAGAGGCCGCAAAAAAUACAAUCAAGUGUGGCGAGAUACGCGACCAUGAUUUGGAGUUGAUUGAAAUGGACCGCGACAUAGCUAGGUACAAUGAGGAGUUGGGUAAUGGCGACGAAGCGUUUGCGAUGUACGAGGAAAUGCUGCGGAAUGACCCGAGUGACUACGACGCAGUGCUGGAAAUAGUACUACACUUCCACAAAGACAAGAACCCAGAGGGGCUGCUAAAAUUCCUUGAUUCACUCAAGGCAUCCAUAGACGAUCCAACUGGCCUGGACAGACGAACGCAAACAUUCCACCAGCACCACGCCAACGACAAGUAUCACGAGGCAAUGCUCGCUUUGGUGUCCGACACCAAGACCUUUGAUGCUAUCUUUGAAAGCUAUCAGGUAGCCAUUGUUGCAGCUAAAGAGCAGCUUGCUAAGGCAGCUAAUACGGGCGACACCGACGAAGAAACCUUCAAUCGAGCUUGUCAAACGCUUCUCAUGCAUAAUCUUGCGCAUCUUUGCUACAAUAAUAGCUCAGAGAACGUUGAGCGAAGGCAAUUUGCCAUUGACCAGUGGGUGCACAUCCUACAGAUUGACCAAACUCCCAGCGAGAGGUUCGUCUCAAUCACCAAAGGCUUCGUUUGUACAAAGCUCGCGAACGUCUGUUUUCACGAGGCGAUGCGGGAUGCAAGCACUGCAGCUAUCUACCUGGAACAGUUGGAGCAAUUGGCCACAUUCAAGCCCACAUAUGUUGAUGAGGAGGGCCGUUCUUCAACCUAUCCAACAGAACUUGUCGCACGAUACCACGCACUUCAAGGAGACGACCAAAAGGCUAAGGAUGCCCUGCGCACGCACAUUAAACGCAAUAUCGACAUCCUCUCUGACGAUGAUCUGUCAAAUGACUGGCAGGGAUAUCAGGGCUUGACGAGAUAUCUCAUGUUCGCGGGCCAGGAUGCAGACUGCCUCGCUGCUUGGUGGUUGAUCGUUCCAUAUGAGGACGCAGAUGUCAAUGCAGACUCCUCGCCAGCUGAGCCAAGGUAUCCAGGACGCAAGGGGCCUUUGUGGGAUGCUUGUGAUAACUGUGGUGCUUCAUUCCAGUACGCAGAUAAUAUUUAUAUGUGCAGAGAGUGCGACUAUGUGGAGUUUGACGAGGCCUGUUAUACUAAACUACGCAAAGGGACCCUCGAGCAGAAGUUUUGCGACAAGAAUCACGAAAUGCUGCAUGUUCCCCCGUACAAUGCCGCUGAGCACCAGAGAGUAGGCAAGGGUAACGUCCUGGUUGGCGAAGAGAUCAUCCCGGUUAGCGAGUGGCUCCAGCGCCUCAAGGAGAAGUGGAAUAUUCAUUCGUGA